GUCGAUUUUAUCUCAUUUGUAAUAGGGGAUCAAUCGAACCUGUUAGUAUAAAAAGGGGCAAAACCCAAAAGAGAUCACAAUUGUUCACAAGUUGUAGCAUUAGUCAGUCGUGUUUGAAUUUCCUAAAAUGAGUUCCAAAUAUUCAGUAGCAUUUGCUCUUAUUUUACUUUUUUGUGUAUUAGUUAAAAGUUCGUUUAUAAAGCCGAAUAAUGUACCAAGAGUUGGUAGAAGCAACGAAGCAGAUGGAAUGUUUGACCAGGGCGCUAUGGGUUACGUUAUUAAAACGAUCCCAAAUAAAAAUAUACCUCGGAUGGGUAGACGAAAUUUUGAUUCGGCAAAUAGGUUCGAUAUUCCAAAGUUCUAUCAGUUGCCAACGGAAUCGUUUGAACUCUAUGAAGAUGGUGAUCAAUCCAAAUACUCUCAGGAGACUCCAUUAGAAGCUGCAUUUAACAAUCAUUUAGAAAACAUGAAGUAAUAUAGGAAAACAUGCAAGAUCCAUUUGAGUACAUGUUUGACUUAAAAAGCAAAAAAAUAAUGUUUGUGUUCUCUUAAUAAAAUAAUUUUG